AUGGAGGUGGGGCGCAUGUUAGGGAGCUUCAUCCUCAAGUCCGCGCAGCAAGAGGAGGCUCUUCAUCACACCUGGUAUGCUCUCAGGAGGUGGCGACUUGUCUCUCGGUGGAUCGUCCUCUUCCCAACGAUGGCUUGUUCGUCGAUCAAUCGGAGAUCCUUUACUCGAUGGAUUUACGAUCCUUUUAUCGCGAAUUGUUCAACAAUUUUAGUAACAAUGCUCUGAGAAUUACGUUGACAAGAUUUUCGUCAAUGAUCUAGCGAUUCUGGUGGCUUAAUCCUUCACCGGUAAUCUGCAAGAAAGUCGCAAUAAUCAAAUAAAAAUUAUGAGUUUUGGCUCUUGAGAGGAUUCAAACCCACGCCGAUUGCUCGCCUACAUGAGAGAGAUUGACAUACAUACUCUAAUGCCCUUAUCUAAUAACGUCAUCAUGGUAUCUCUCUGUUAUAAAUAAGGGGUAGUUUAGGUAUUCAAAACAUCAAACCUUUUCUAGGGAAGGUGUGACGCGGGUUUAGUCCCACAUCGCUUGUGCGCCGAAGUUUCGGACAAAUAUAUAGUAAUAUUACAUUUGCAAAUAAGUCCCUUUCUCCCGUGAGUACGACCACUCCUUGCCCCACAACCGAUUGGUCACUAGUGACGUGGAAGGAGAGUGACGCAUACAUGCUCCUAUCGGUCCUAGUCGCUCGAGCCUCUACUCACGGCUCCUCCCUGAUUGUGCUUCCGACCACUUUGUGGGCCCAGCUAGCCGGCGGGUCUCCCCCAUUUUGCUAUAUUUUUAUUUUUAUUUCUUUUUCUUCAUUUAUUUCAAAAGUAAGACUGCAAAAAUCAUAUAAAUUCAUAUAAAAUCACAUAAUUACCCAAAAAAUUACGUUAAUCAACUAAAAACCACUUUUCACACUUUAACACAAAUAUAAGUCUAUUUAUCAUAAGUUACGGCUAAAACUAUAUUAUUUACUAAUUAUUAACUCAUGAUAAUAAAGACUUAUCACUUAUCAAGAGAAACAUAUUGUAAACACAUUCUCUAUUCUUGAAGGGAGCUUAUCUUGCAUUCAAAUAUUUAUGAUAUAAUAUGUAAUUAGAUGUUUUUGAGCAUUAAUCUUGUUUACAUUCUAUAUAUCUGUAGCUAGCCUCUUAUAGAAUCAAUAUUUUGUGAUUAUGUUAAAAAUAAUAAAUGUACAUCAAUGUUCUAAUUUUAUGGAUCUAACCAUUAAUAAUUAUGAUUUAUCACUUGAAGGAUAAUCUAGAGCUUAUCAUUAAUUGUCAAAAUGCAACAUACUUCCAUGCAUGGAAUGUCAUUUAGUUACAACUUUGAAAAUAUGCCCAAUUACACAUUUUCCACCAUCAAACUAUGGUCAAUAUUAUCCUUAACGUGUGUAAAUAAAUUUGCUUCCUAUAAAAUUUUUCAGGUUAGAAAAAUUCCCACAUAAUUGUGAUUGGCUUCACUACACGAUUUAGUUCACCAUUUAAAAUAAUGAGGAUUAAAUAUUAUAAAUUUAAAAAAUUUCAAAAGGUGGAAAGAAACUGUCUAAGUUAUGGAUAAAAUUUGAAUAAGGUUUUUUACCAUUUAAUUAUGUCCAAUCAAACAUUUUACACCAUCAUAAUGUUUGUAAACAUCAUGAACAUGCUUUAAUUUUCAAAAGUAGCAGCAUGAUCUAUGUUAUUUUAUUCUCAUAUAAAUUACCUUAAUGAUUUAGUCUGCCAUUUAAAAAUAUCAUGAUUAAAGAUCGUAAAUUGAAUAACCAAGAUCAUAAAAAGGUAAAUGGUGGAAAGAAAAUGUUUAAGUUCACAGUAUAACAACCAAGUGAGAUACAAAAAGAAAAUUGGUCAUUACUAAAAUCAUUUGAUGCCAUUUGGAUGUCAAUGACAUUAUUAACAAAGUAUCAAGAGGCACAUUAGAUCCAUUUCUAUAUUUAUUUUUCUAGAUCUCCAAGCUCCCUACAAGAAAAUCUCUCUUUGAGUGAUUUCCUACAUAUUUCUAAGAUAUUAAGAUAAAGGAGUGGCUAUCACUAAGGAAACAAACUUAUAAGAUUUCAUCACUGGUCUGAUAAAAUUCACUACAUGUAGAAAGGAAAUCCUUGAGAAUAUGAUUCUAGAAGAUUGAAUAAGAAGUAGGUUAUACUUGGGAAAAAGUCUUAUCAAAAUCAGCAUGUAAUAAAUACCUAUAAUCUAGCAUAAUCAAUGAAAUUGUCAUAACAAACUUAUUAGAUGAAUCUCACAAUCAGAUCAUAUUCCAUAAAUGAUUCUAGAAAUAAUCUCACCAUCAAAACAUUCCUCUUAAGGAAGAAAAUCAAGUACAAUAUCCCAUAAGAUAACCUUUCUUAUUUCAUUAUGUGGAUAGACAUGUAUAUAUGCUUGAUGGGUGUAUACUGAUUUUCCUGUGCAUUAUUAAAGUUUCAAUAUGGAAAAUCAUGAAGGAUGCCAUCAAGUACAAACAGGAGAAACGAUCGGAGAGUCAUUCACAAGGAGCAGCUAUAAAGGGGUAAUGCGACCUUCUGGUGGUAAGUGGACUGUGGAGCUCAUUGAUCCCCUCAAAAAUAGGUAUCAUUUAGGGGCCUAUAAUAGUCUAGAUGAGGCUACUACUAUCUACAACAACAUUGCUAGUGAGCUGUCUCAAAAGGCUGAACCUUCAGCAUCAAGGAACCUACAUGACAUGGACUUGGUGGAGUACCUCGAAGCACUCAAGGUCAUCAAGAAGCAAUGAGAAUAGAAAAUUAUUUCUUAUUUUUUGUCACCACCUGAAUAAUGUAUCCACAGGAUCGUUUACGAGUGAAAUACAAUUAUAAUUCUUUAUCACAAUUCUUACAGGCCAUCACUUAAGCCCAUUACAUAGGAUAUUUUAUAGUUCAAUGUGAACAUAAGCUUUGUCAAUCUUCUUUAUUUUAUCAGAUAUUAAUAUUCCAGAUAUCGAUGUUUUUCAAGGUUAUUGAUCUGAUUAUUUGAAGUCAUAAAAAAAAAAUCAAUCAUGGAAGCUCUAUACCAUGGAUGAACUUUAUGCAAAGUAAUUUUAUGAUUUCACUAUUCACAUUUUAUUAUUAUUUAUAUUUAGCUACCAUAGAUGGUAAUAUUGAUAUAUACCAUGAGCCUAUAUUGAAGGAUUUUUCUAAAUAUUAAUAACUAUUAGCAUGUUUUGAAACCUUAUUUUAGCACGUAUAUCGGGGGGUCAUGUUCUAUUGACGAACAGGCUGAUGGGAAUCCCACAUAUGGUAAGUCUGCCUGCUUCUCUCCCGUUCUCACUUAGUUCUGAUCCAAUAUCCUUCUAUUCUUUCCUUUCUUCCCCAAUAUUAGAAGAGUUUUGAUGGGAAGUUCUCAUAUUCGAUCAUCCUCCCCUUCCCCUCUUUCGUCCAGUUCGUGUUCCUCCCCUUCCCCUUCCCCUCUCAGAUUCGAUCCUCCUCCCCUUCCCCUCUUCCCCAAUAUAAGAUAUAUUGUUAAUUUUAAAAGUCUGAAGUUAAAAUACUUAGCGUAUUUUUUUAUUAUUAAAAUACAAAGAAUAAAAUAUAAAAAAAUCUUCUAUCUAUUAGCAAGUUGGCACUUGGAAGCUGACUCGAAGGGGGGACAACAGUCGAGCGGGUAG